AUGGAAGAUGGCAGACCCGGAGCGCAGAUGGUGGCUUUGGGGAGCGCAGAUGAAAGCAGCUUAGAUGCCUAUGGGACCGCCGCUUUUGUGCCACUGCUCAAGACGGUCUCGACGUCUUUUGCAGCGGUGAUCGUGUCCAAGGUGCCCGUUGUUUCCCACGAUGGGAUGUUUCAGCCCGCCCGGCCGCCGGCCUGCCAGGUUGUAGAGGCACCAGCAGCGGGGUCGCAAGCUUGGUCGCUAGCCCAGAAAACGAUUGGGCGAUCAGCCUUCCAAGGGUUCCCCACGCCGAGAGAAGCCAAUGGCGGUAGAAGGGUGGACUGGAAACGGUACGAGGUACGGAAUACUGUGCAUACAAAGACAGACAUAUAUACGGUCUGUAUCGUGAGGAAGUUCGCCGGGCCGAGCAACAAGCUCACAUAUGCCAAGGCAGGACACGCAGACGACAGGCUGCCAAAGCUGGGACUCGGCAGGUUGGGCUUCAACUAUGACCGUCCAUUGCAUGUGUCGUUUUUCGGGGUAGCUUUACUCAACCUCAUUGGGUCGGCCGUUGUCAGUGGCCGCUUUGGGGGUUUAGCUGUCGUUUUUGACGAGUGA